CGGGGGCUGUGCAACGGCUGCCCAUUUUGCACUGCGGCACCAUGAUCUCCUGGAAGGCGAUGCGCCUCGUCUGACGCGAUCAGGGUCGGUCCCCUAAUGUUGUGUGUGUCGAUGGACGAGUCGCUUCUUGUUGUUUUGGGAGCCGGCGCCGGGGGAGCGCUCUUGCAACGACAACAACGACGCUCGGCACCGUCCGGGAUAACGGCCAUUACUGGAGGCGAUGCGGGACACGAGCCGCGAGGGACUGGUUUGGGUUGACCACGGCCUGGGCCCGGAGGCGCAGUGGACGCGGGAACCCGACCUGGGGGCCAUCAAGCGCGUCUGCCGCCGCCACCUGGGCAUCCCCGAGGACGCCGCCGAGGAAGCGCUGACGGUCUCGUUCCACCGCGACGGCGCCUUCAACAAGCUGUACCGGGUCGACUGCGGCCGGCGCCGCUUCAUGCUGCGCGUGUCGCUGCCCGUCGACCCCCGCAACAAGACGCUGGGCGAGGCUGUCACCCUAGAGCUGGUCCGCCGCAACACGGACGUGCCCGUGCCGGCCGUCGUGGCCUUCGACGCCUCCCGGAGCAGCGAGAUCGGGUACGAGUGGCUGCUGAUGGACAGGAUGCCCGGCGUGCCGUCCCACUACCGCUGGCGCAAGAUGACCAUGGCCCAGAAGGAGCGCCUGACCGCCCGCGUAGCCGAGUUCCAGGCCCAACUGCUCCGCUGCGGCGGCCAUCAUCUCGCCGAGGGCUUCCGGGGCAUCGGCACCCUCGGCACGGAGCCGCCCCGGUCCGACGCCCACGCCCACGCCCACGCCGACAGCGCUCCGGAACCCGGGCCGAUCGUGUCGAGCUUCUUCUUCUCGGGCCAGCGCUAUCACUACCCGGUCCCCCGGGGCCCCUUCAGCUCGAGCCACGACUGGCUCCGGGCCCAGCUCAACGUCAUCGUCCGGGAGCACACGGCCGCCCUGGCCGAGGCCAAGACGGACCUCGACAGGGAGUACGCCGAGAGCGCCCUGCGCGUCGCCCGUAAGCUCCUCCGGAUGCUGCACAAGAUCUUCCCGGCCGUGGUGCACCCGCCCGAGCGCACCGUCAUCUGGCACGACGACUUUUCGCUCCGCAACAUACUCGUCGACAACAGCGGCAACAUCACCGCCGUCAUUGGGUGGGAAUGCGCCUCGGCAAUGCCACGGUGGGUGGCAUCCCAGGUACCCGAGUUUCUGCGAGGCGCGGCGAGGGAGACGGAGCCGGACCGCAACUGCUACACGGACGUCGACAAGGGAGCUGCCCGCGCCGCCGUCAACGAUGGCGAUGGUCCGGGAGAGGGCGGGGAAGAUGACGACGACGACGGGCUCGACAACGAGGGCAAGACGGAGCUCUACUGGAUCCACCUGAUGGAGUACGAGCAGACGCAGCUGCGCAAGGUGUACGCGGCGCGCAUGCGCCAGCUCCGGCCCGACUGGGACCUCGAGGUUGAGGAGAGCGCCCUCAAGGUCGACUUCCUCGCCGCCGUCGCCCGCUGCGCCGCCGGCUUCUACCUCCGCCGCAUCGAGCAGUGGGUCGACGCCAUCGAGCGCAGAGAGUACCUCCCCCUGAUGGAGGUCCUCAGGGUCGGCAUGCAUCAGGCGGACGGUGCGAGCGCAACGAAGACAGGCGCUAUUAGAUCGGCGGUGACGUGGUCAACCAAUACCCUCACUCUCGUGAGCAGGUUAUCAUGAGAACUGUGCUCCUUCUCUUUUCCUCGCCCUUUCUAAUUUGUAGGAUAUUUAUUUAGGCCUUGUACCUCCUAUGUGCCUCCAGUAAUUUGGGAGAGCGAUCUACUUUUGUCACUACUCCGAAG